AGCUCCACAGCGAUGCCCGUCUGGUUGAACUCUGAAACGCGCGAAAAUUAGUUAUUUUUCGAAACCUUUAACUUUCCGACUUGCGUAUAGGUUAUAAAUUAUAAUGUAAUUGUUAAUAUGUAAUUGUAUGUAAUUUUAUUUGAAGCAUUUUUAGAUAUUUGAACUUUAUUCAGUGGGUAUUAGUGAUGAAACAAAUGAAGAUUUAGGAAAAAUGUAAUAAUUUUGUAUCGGGUCUCGUUUUCUUUAUGGCUGUUGAUUCAUUUAAAGGCUUUUUUUGUUGUAAAUAUAAUGAAGUGCUCUAUAAAAAUGAUCAUCUUUACGUGUGUAUUGGUCUUGCCGAUGUUGUCCGGUACGGUUUUAAACAAAACUGUAUACAAAAUAGGGGUCUUAAUGGCCUCUCGGUUGGACUCGCCUUUUGACUUGGAAAGAUGUGGACCGGCUGUGGACCUGGGACUUAAGAAAGUGAAUGAAAAGUUUCUCUCGCAUCACGGAAUUGAGUUGGAGAAGGUUCAAGGAAGUUACCCAUCGUGCUCGGGUGCCAUAGCUCCGGGUUUGGCCGCCGACAUGCACUUCAAGAACGACGUGAUCGCUUUCAUAGGACCCGCGUGCGCGUUCGCCUUGGAACCGGUUGCGAGGCUGGCCGCUUACUGGAAUACUCCCAUCAUCACCGGAAUGGGGGAUCAGCCGCCGUCAGAAGGCGAAUUGGCAGCUCCGGCAAGUGUAGUUAGCCGAAUGCACAGACUAAGGAAUCUCCGCAAAGGUACAGCUCCUCAAACGUUAUUCAACGACAAAGGAAAGUACCCUACGUUAACGCGGAUGUCUUACUGCCAGUGUCGACUACCUCGCGUCUUCAACAGCAUUUUCACGAGAUUCGGUUGGUCGCACGUCGCUCUCCUGCUAGACAAGUCGGAUCUAUUUUCAUUAACGGUCGGUAAAAGCCUCGAGUGGGGUCUCAGGAAGCAAGGGGUGCUUAAAGCUGUACGGGAGUUGGACGGGAACGAGCGAGAAUCUUGCGACGCUCUACUUCUUGACGUCAGUAUGUAUGCCCGUGUUGUGAUUUUGAGUGUACGUGGAUCUCUUGUACGCGAGUUCCUCUUGGCGGCGCACGCUCUCGGCAUGACGCGGGGAGACUGGGCUUUUCUCGACGUCGAAAUAUUUCAGGGGGAAUAUUGGGGGGAAACUGGCUGGGCAGCGGGAGACAGCCGGGACGCGGCUGCACGUGUGGCAUACGAGGCGUUGCUUCGGGUGUCUUUGAAAUUACCUACUGGCGAUCGGUUCGACGACUUCGCUGAUGCAGUCCGAGCUCGGGCCAGACUGGAUUAUAAUUAUACGUUUUCAGACGGUGAAGAGGUGAACUUCUUCAUCGGUGCGUUUUACGACGGCGUGUUUCUACUCGGGAUGGCCCUGAACGAGACAUUGACUGAAGGCGGAGACAUCCGAGACGGAAGGAAUAUAACUCGGCGUAUGUGGGGCCGGGAUUUUUAUGGCAUCACUGGACACGUCCGUAUAGACAAAGUAGGCGACAGAGAUGCUGACUACGCGAUUUUGGAUUUGGAUCCGGUCACCGGGAAAUUUGAGGUUGUGGCGUUCUACCACGGUCUGAACAGUAGCUACAAGCAGGCUCGAAUCGACGCGGAGUUAAACAACAUAGCGUGGAGGGUGCGCCCUGAGGAAGUACUCGUCGAAGUUGGCACUGGACUGGGGGCGAGCCCGGCCUUACACAACAUCAACGAGGUCCUUAAGCUUUCAUUGAGCUGGACCGCAAGAGGAAGUACAGCAGCCACCAGUCUUACUGCAUCUCCAUCGGUCACUCUGUCUUCGUUUACCGUCGGCCUCUACAAGGGCAAUAGGGUUGCAGUCAAAAAAAUACACAGAAAGAAACUCGACUUGAAUAAAAAACUAAUCUGGGAGAUUAAACAGGCUCGAAACGUUUCCCACGAGAAUACGGCACGUUUUAUCGGAGCCUGUGUGGAUUGUCCCCUAGUCUUUGUGCUCACUGAGUAUUGCCCCAAAGGAUCCCUGAAGGAUGUACUCGCUAACGAUGAGCUACAAUUGGACUGGAAUUUCAGGACUUCACUUGUCCAUGACAUUGUUCAGGGAAUGUGCUAUCUUCAUGGCGGACUCGGAGCUCACGGGAAGCUCCGAUCUUCGAACUGUCUCAUCGAUGGACGUUUCGUGCUCAAGAUAUCCGAUUUCGGACUUAAUGCGCUUUGCACGCCAACAGAUUUGAUCAAGGACGACAUUUAUUAUUACAAAUUGCUUUGGACAGCACCUGAGUUGAUAGCUGGGAGCGUUUACCCAGGGGCAGUCUCUUCGCUGAAGGGGGACGUCUACAGUUUUGGAAUAAUAUUGGAAGAGAUCGUCGUCAGAGCUGGACCUUUCCACCAUUAUACUACAACUGUGUCCAAUAAAGAGAUAGUGACACGUGUUUGUGCCCGAGAGUCACCGCCGUUCCGGCCGGUGGUGGGCGUCGGAGAAGUCACAGCUGGAGGCGGAGGAGGCUCGGCGUUGGAACUACUGGAGUUGGCUGCGAGGUGCUGGGCUGAACCACCUGACGAUAGGCCGAGCUUCGACACUAUCAACGCUAAUUAUAUCAAGGGGUACUGCGACAAUCUUAUGGAUGAUUUGCUGCGGCGUAUGGAACAAUACGCGAACAAUCUCGAAUCUUUGGUCGAAGAGAAAACUGAACAGCUGUCGUUGGAAAAGAGGCGCUCUGAAGAAUUACUGUAUCAAGUUUUACCGAGACCCGUGGCUCAGCAAUUAAUGGCCGGUGAAGUGGUACAACCAGAGAGCUUCGAGUGCGUCACGGUUUACUUCAGCGACAUAGUCGGUUUCACGGAGCUCUGCGCGGCCUCCACUCCCAUGCAAGUUGUGGAUCUUUUGAACGACUUGUACAGCACAUUCGACAGAAUCAUCGGUUUUUAUGAUGUUUAUAAGGUCGAAACAAUAGGAGACGCCUACAUGGUUGUGUCUGGCCUGCCCGAGAGGAACGGCGACCUUCACGCAAGAGAAAUAUGCUUAAUGGCGCUUGCCAUAGUCGACGCAGUCAGGGGCUUCGUUGUCCGUCACCGGCCCGCGCACCGACUCGAGGUCCGCGUUGGUGUUCACUCCGGUCCGGUUUGUGCCGGCGUGGUGGGUGUUAAGAUGCCCCAUUACUGCCUUUUUGGGGAUACCGUUAACACCGCAAGUAGAAUGGAAUCUACAGGCCAACCCCUCCGUAUCCAUUUGAGUGAGAACACACGUGUGCUCCUGGAACAAUGGGGAACAUUCAUAGUGGAGCGUCGCGGCGAGGUGGAGUUGAAGGGUCGGGGACGGAUGUUGACUCACUGGCUGCUGCAGUGCUCUGAGCCAGAGACCAGACCUCACUGCCAAAGUCCCCAGCAGCCUCCGCAGUAUCCUAUACUGUUCCCGACCUUACCUCCUGUGUCUAUACAGGUCCCUUACUUAGUUGUCGAGCCCCCCACAAUGGCUGCCUGAGUAUUUCGCGUUCGCGUUUUGAUUAAAAUUUGUAUCAGAUAUUUUAUAUUCCUAGUGCCAAAUUUGGUGAUAGUGAUAAGGACAAUUAGAACGUCUCUAUUUUAAUAUUCGUAUUAUUGUGACGUAUUUAUUUUGUCAGUGGAUGUCAUUAAAUCAUCUCUAAUUAAAUCAAAUUCGCGUUUUGAUUAAAUUUUGUAUCAGAUAUUUUAUAUUCCUUUUGCCAAUUUCGGUAAGGGCAAGGACAAUUAGAACGUCUCUAUUUUAAUAUUCGUAUUAUUGUGACAUAUUUAUUUUUGUCGGUGGAUGUAAUUAAAUCAUCUAUAAUUAAAUCAUCGAUAUUAAGUCAUCGAUAGUCGAAUGUGUAGAUUGUGUAGCAUUGAAAUAAAACUACUAGUCGGACUUCACAUUAAUUAAUAUUCAGUAAAAUUCAAGUCAAAUUGUGAUUUUAAGAUAAUUAAAAAACAACCCAGUUCUCUGAUAUCUAAGCAAGUAAUGAAAGUACACAAAUGUUUAAACUGCACUCAUAGUAAUUUUCAAUUUAAUUUUCCUUUGUGUUCUGUGUAAAUUGAGUUCUAAUUGAAUUAGACUUUUUUUUAUUUGCAAAGCUUCUGUAGUCAUUCGUUUUAAGUAUUGUUAUAGUAUUUAUUAUAAUAAUUUAUACACCACAGGCGGCACUGUAUACACAGCAGUGUGCUUAGUGCGAGUUUUUUAACGUUCUCGACAGCGUAAAAGUUAACUCAAAUUUGUAUGCAGUUGGAACAGCGCCCCUGGCGGAAAAUGUAGUCAAACGUUUAAACUCCAUAAAUAAUUGAGUUAACUUUUACGCUAUCGAGACGUUAAAAAGCUCGUAGUAAGCGCACAGAUGUACUACUAUAGAAAAUAAGAAAUGAAAAUGUUGUUUCUUUUUCUUUAGUUUAAGACGUAGUAAUAAGGAAUUAUAAUAAAUUUAAAAGGAUUUUUAAAUUAUAUAAUUUUUGAGAAGUA